AAAAGGAUGUUUGGUUAUUGAAUAUGCAAUUUAUGUAUCACCAAACAUUUACUCAAUUUUUUGUUCACUGUUUAAUAUCAGUGUUACGAUGAAGGAUGCGUUACUUAAUAUUUCACAAGGAACAAAUACAGUAUGUCACCGCCUGUAAAUGUGGUUAUAUUGUUGAAAGACGCAAAUGCCCUUAGCAAUCGAAGCGCUUUUUCUUUAUAGAUGGAACCAAGUUCGUGGUUUUGCCGUGUACCAGGAAGUCAAACCCGGUGUAGUCAGGUCGUCAAGUUGUGUUCAUGUGAAGUUUGGAAAUGGCGUUUGUUUUGUUCAUUAUUAACAUACCGCAGGAUUCAGAUGUAGUUGCGCUCGCCAAGGAUGGAGAGGAAGAGAAGGGAGAUGGAGAGGAGAACGUGGACGCGAAAGGGGGCGUGGUCGAUGGGACCUCACCCAGUCCAAUAGCUGAGACUUCUUUGAAAACUGCAGAUGAGUCUGAGAAAAGUCCGGUUGUAGAAUCAGAGGGUCACCUGUCUGAGACAGACGUUGAAGUAGAUGCUGUACCGGAUACAGAGAACAAAGAAUAUGUGCCAGAUUCGGUGGAGAAACAAUCAGGGGAGAUAACUGGUGAAGCACAGGAACCCACAGUCAAAACAGAAUCCAAUGAUGAAGAAGAAGGCAGCAUUUUUGUAGAUUUGCUCGGUGAAGAUUCAUUGAAAGAUAGACUGAAAGAGACCCUCGUCUCCCUGCAGAUUGACAAUGCAGUUUGGCAGACGUCUCUCCAAGAAAACAUUGUCCAGGUGUCCUUUGUUGAGGAAUCUGGACUGAGAUGUGAGGAAAUCAUCACGCGUCUUUCCAAUAUUGGUAUAGGGAGAUUCACAAACACCACCCUCAGCGUAUUUCCAACAUCAAUCCAUCUCCGCUAUGAACCAGCACCAAGUGAGGAAUCCGAGAUUUCAGACAAAGUUGAAGCGAACUACAUCUCUAGAGAAGAAAAGGAACAUGAAUUUAGGGAUUCGAUCAAGUCAAGAUUGGUUGUGGCUCAGGUGGUUGAGUCAGUUCAGAGUAAUGCAAGGCUGACAUUUGAUUAUGUCAUGCUCAUAUUCCUCGCAAGUUGGAUAGCUGCCCUGGGUCUGGGAGAGAACAGUUCCGUUAUACUGGUAGCCAGCAUGCUUAUAUCUCCACUCAUGGGGCCAAUUCUAGCUGGAAUUUUCGGCACAGUUGUGAAGUACGAUGACCUCAGGAACACUGGCAUCAAGUCUGAACUCACUGGGCUGGGAAUAUGCCUUGUCUUUGGUCUGUUUGCUGGCUUCAUCUACGGUGGACUUGGUGUGCAUGGACAGCUCCUGGGCAACUCGGACUCCUGGCCCACGCCGGAGAUGGCAUCAAGAGGUGUCCAUCGAAGUCUUGCUGUAGGCCUGCUGAUUGCAAUCCCCUCGGGGGCAGGUGUGGCCCUGUCGAUCCUGGGGGGCAAUGCUGGGUCCCUGGUGGGUGUGGCCAUCUCGGCCUCUCUCCUACCCCCAGCCGUUAAUGCUGGAAUGUUGUGGGCUCUAUCAAUAACAGCUGCAAUAUCCCCUCCAGCCUUGGUGCAGGUAGAUACACCACUAGCCAUGAUGUAUACGACAAAUUUAUCUUCACAUGCGAACAGUACAAUAUACCCAGGACUAUCUACAACCUGUGUGCCGUUACUGUACAACAAGUACACACCCACCUACAGUUGCAAUAUGGCCAAAGAGGCAGCCAUCUUAGGAACUAUAAGUCUCCUUCUCACCCUUAUGAACAUUGUGGCAAUAUUCCUAGUGGGCCUGCUGGUUUUGAAAAUGAAGGAGGUCGCCCCACACACAUCACCUUCGUCCACUGAAUAUUUUUUUCGCAAUGAUCUUAAGGUUGCCAGGGAGUCCUACCAAACAACAAAAGGCAAGGAGUCGGUGACUCUUGCUAAGAAGUUCCUUGAAGAAUAUAAGAAGGUCAAGAUGGCAGGCAUUGCGGAGGAGGACGAGGAGGAGGAGGAGGAUGCCAAGACGCUAGACUUUAAGAAAGUGCUCGAGGAAGUGGAAAACAGUCCUGAAGUGAAAAAGGUGGUUGGGUUAUUAGCUGCCCCUGGGUCGCCAUUGCCAUUUUCAGUACACCUGAAAGAUGACUUUUCUGCAGCUGAGGGUAAAAUAAGUAGAAAUGAAGAGGACCACUACAAGACUCUCACCGAACCUCCCAAGGAAGCUGAUCCAUGUGCCCGAGUUUACAGGACCUUUCAUGCAUGUGAUUUACCAUUAAAGUUGAAGUCCACACAGCCACUAACUCCGCAGCCUAGGACACGUCAGCCGUUUCUAAAUGGAAAACAACUUCGUAAACGUCACUCAGAUAUGUAUAUUGUCAAUUCACGCCCAGCGUCAAAAAGGAUACCAAAGUAUAAGAAGCGUUCGGGAAAAAAAUUGAAAUUGCAUAUACCUGAGCAGACGGUUGAAUUUUCAAAAGUUGACACCGAAAAGCCUCGUUUUGAAGUACAGAUUAUUGAGGAGGGAAAGCCUACAAGAUCUGAUAGCCCGGUUUAUGAUCCUCAGUAUACACCGACUGAGGAAUCAAAUCCACUGAUAAAAUGAUUUCAAUGUGCGUUAAAACAAGUUCAUAGUUCAAUAAUUAGCGCAAUGUAAAUAGGGAUGCUUUGAGGUUUUGUCUGAUUUGACCAUACACAGUUGCAAGUUGUUUUUGAAAAGAUGCUGUGCUUGGACAUCUCAGGGAUAUCAUAUCAUGGAAUAUCUCCUAAAAAGCCAAGGGAA